CACCUCACUGGGAUAUUUUGCCGACUGCCAACGUGGACUUUGCGCAACAGCGAGCAUUUCUGAACUCGAAUUUUCCGCCUCAUCAGUAUCAUGCAAUGGUAUCGUCGCUGAAUGGAAAAUGCAAUCUUGCAUCUCCAAGCGCGCCAUCAUGACCGAGGCAAGAGAUCUUCUCGACUAGAAGACUCUUGAUUUGCAGAUGUCUUUUUAGACAUCUUUUCGAGGAUACCCACGCCGUCUUCAACAGGAUCUUGUCUGUGCAGACAUCAACUCUGCGCACGGGUUCGAAUCCAUGUACCUUAUCUCGAGUGAGAUAUGGGAGAGACACGAAUAGCUUUGAGCAACAAUGUCCCUCUUUCCAACGACUUAUUCACUCUCCUGGCUUCUGGACGCCUUGGUUUUGGUCUGCUGCUGGGGUUUUGUGAUUUCUUUUUCCAUUUGCCUGUUUACUUGACGCUUAGUAGGAGUCGAAAUCCUCCUCCCUUCACCCCAACCACCGCCAGCCUGCGAUGAUGAUAACUUUCACAUCAAGGUUACGGGAUCAUCAGUGCCGUGGUUCUGCGAAGAGCCCUCCACGCGAUGACAAGACCAGCACCAAAGAACAGAGAUCUGAGCAGGCGCCAUCUGGGGGUUCCCUCAGCAUGGAUGUCAUCGUUGCGCCGCUUCACGGCUGGCGCUCGUUCCUGGGAUCUCGUGCCGCAAUGACGACAAUUUGCAAAAGUCUAGAAGCAACGUUUCUCGGGCCAUGGCCUCACUCCCCCAGGAGUGUGGUUCGCCCUCAGAGCACGCUCAUGACAGGACGUAUAUAGUUUUCAAUCGGAGCUGGCCGAUCUUAGGACCGCCUGCCAAGCGGCGGCGCAGUGAGAGAAUAUAGAAUUGCCCGGUGAUGACACGAAGUCCAAAUAAGCCAAAGUUGCAGGCAGCACGAGGGCACAUCCAGUCACUAUGGCGGAGUCCUAUCGGCCGUUGUCCGUGAGAACAUGAGAGAGCUAAUCUGAGGGCAAUUCUACGGGUUGGGGUAAGGUGUGUCAGUCAAGUGAUUUGAUGCUGGGGUUAUAAGAGUGUUCUUUAAGUUAAGAUUGGGUGUUGAGUCACCUAAGCUGUAGGUGGAUUGUACCAGCUUAGAAUGGACUGCUUAUUUCUGGAGCGUUUGGCAUGAUGUUUGUUGAAGAAUCUCGCUUGAGUUUCCUCAAAAUCGCCAUGUUGCUCAUGUUUCCACCUCUUGCCCGCUGCUCCGGAUUAGCGGCCCCGCAUGCCGCCGCAAACGGUGACUCGAUGACUUUCUGCGCCGGCGAAUCACAGUUUGAGCCGAAGCGGGCUUCCGUAUCGCCCGUGUCUCACACCAUCAUGAGCUGGUCCAACCCAUAUUGUGUUUUCGAGCCGUGGA